UGAGAGGACCCUGCUGAGGACCGCAGCGCCAACACAGCACAGGAUGGACGGUGUCCCCGUGAGGGUCCCACAUUUUGCCUCACAGGAAGUGGAAGAGGACGUGGAGGUUACCGUCCCUGAUUAUCUGAGCAUACUGCAAGACACAGAGUAUGAGUUCAGUCUGGAGAACUGGGUGCUGGCUGGGCUGCAGAGCGGCUUCAUCAGCCAGCAGUGUCCUCUGCUCUCCUCUCCAUCCCGCCUGCGGCCGUCCUGCCCCCCCUACUGGAUGAUGUUCAGCAGCCCGCACCAGAGCCGCCUGGCCAACCACCACUGCUCCAACUUCUGGGAGCCUAACCCUCGCCCGCGCUCCAACAGCCUCAACCCUGACUUCCUGCGCAGCAACAUGGCCGCCUCAGACUCCGAGGAUGAUGGAGAGGGCGGCGCAGUAAAAGCCUACUCUGUUGGAGGGUGUUGUGCUGCUCCAUGUGGGAGGGGUCAGAAGAGAGCACAGAAGGCCUUCAUCCCUGACCUCCUGAACCCCCCCUCAUGCCUCAGCAGCCUGCCACACCAGCGCAGAAAGAACCUCCGGCGGUACUCCCUGUCAGUGCUGGACACAGCCAAACAGCACGGUGCCAAAACAGACAGCAAACCACACAGCCACCGGACCCCCACCACCAGAGCCAACACAGUGGACCGCCUGCCCAGCUUCUGCAGCCACAAGACCACGCACACGCAUGUCAGUCCAGACUCCUGCAGAGGAUCCUCUCCUGGGUGGGACUCAUCUGCAGACCUGCUGUCAGCUCUGAGCCUGGAGGAGAGGGAGCUGCUGGGGGCCGUCACUGCCCGGGGUUACCCCCUCCGUACCGCCAUCAUGGCCCUGCAGAGGACGGGCCGGCAGACCCCAGAUCAGAUCCUGAGCUACCUGCUGGCCUGUGACCACCUGGGUCAGCAGGGAUAUGAUAAGAGUCUGGUGGAAGAAGCUCUGGAGAUGUUUCAGAACUCUGAAACAAAGGCCGAGGAGUUCCUGCAUCUGCUGAGUCAGUUCAACGAGAUGGGCUUCCAGCAGAACGCCAUCAAAGAGGUGUUGCUGGUCCAUGACAACCACCGGGAGCGCGCCCUGGAGGAGCUAAUGAAUCGUGUGGCAUGACUGAAGAUCUACACACACUUUUCAUAUCUCAGCGUGACAAAAAUCUGAUCUCGAUUGCAGGAACAAAUAUCCCACAAUAUUAUACCUGGAGCUGGGUGGUCCAAAAGUAUAUUUACUGCAUUACACUGUAAGAUGAUGAUGAUGAUGAUGAUGAUGAUGAUGAUGAUGAUGAUGAUGAUGGUGAUGAUGAUGAUGACGAUGAUGUUCCCAUAUUGCAGCCUUUCAGUCCUGUGUUUAUUAUGUGAACAUGUGAACGUAUUCUCAUGUGAUCUGAGUAGUUUGUAUUGUGAUUGCUUUUUAAAGAAAUUGUUUAUUUUCUGAUUAUCAUUCCUGACAGCAUGAAUGCUAUUGUGAAUUGAAAUCUUUAUUUUCUUCCUGCUUCUCUCUACUUCCCACAGACUGAUAAUACAUGUUGUCUAACCAGCUGGCUAUUGAAGCAUAACUCCAAUCUCCACACCCACAGAUCUUAUUUCAGGCAUUUUCAAACUGCCAAAUCAUUUUCUGAGUUAUCACCACUCCAAUACACAAACAGUUAACCAGCGGUGGAUGGGAACACUGUGAAGGACAAAGCAGGAAAUCCAUCCCUCUGUGACGGAGGUCUUGCCUAUUUGGAUUAUGUUAGAACCAAAGCAGUGAAAAUAAGAGCUGUAUUAGUUGCUAUUUGAGCAUUGUGAGUAGAUUCUGGAACAGGCUCUGAGGGCUCGUUUCUGAGUCACAUCUGGAGAGUUUCCCACAGGGGAGACGGUGGCUUUGGGAAGCUUCAUCAGAAAUGUGUAUAUGGAUCCAAUCCUACCGAACCCUUUCAUCUCACGCUUCACUCUCCAUUUGUGAUCCUCCACAGUGUACUCUGUGGUGACGUGGCGGCUCAGGGUGAACACAGAGUCUCCUCUCACCACGGCGGUGAGAAGGGAGCCCUUGCUGUUCCCGUAGUGACCGCACACAGCUGUCCACUGGCCGGAGCUCAGGCUGUAGCAGUCCAUCACACACAGCAGGAAGUCAUCACAGGGCCCGUUGCGCAUCACAUACAGGUUGUCCCUGUGGGCCACCAUGUACAGAGCGUAGCUGUGCUCCCUGGUGAGUGUGGUGACCAGGAGCCACUGAUCGCGCUCCGACACGUACUCGUGAAUAUCUGUGGCCCCCUUACCUCUCCACAGACAGAUGAAGAGCCUGCUCAUGGCUACAGCAGACACCACCUGGGCUGCCGGGCAGGGGAGAGGGGAAGCAAACCCCCAGCUCCCUGUAUCCACCCUGAACCUCUCCACAGAGGACAGGGCCUUCUUGUUGUGCUCUCCUCCCAGGGCAUACAGGCAGCCCUGGUGUCCGAUCAGAGUCAGGUUGUAGCGCAGCUGCUGGGGGGCGCAAAAGGUGGUCCAAGUGUUGGCUGCAGGGCUGUAACAGAAGCCACACUCCACCACCUUCUUGCUCAGAUCAUGCACCCCACCAAUGAUGUAAAGUUUGUUGUCCAGGACUGCCACGCCUGCCAUGGUGGUGCUGGUGGUCACAGGGAGAUGAGUCAGCACCUUCCACUCCCUGCUGUCCUCGUCCAGGAAGCACACGGUCCUCUGCCGGUCCUGCAGCUGCUCCGUGCUCGGGGAGUGGCUGCACACGGCCAUGUAGCUGCUGGGGAGCAGUGACUGGAUGUGCUCCACCAGCGUGUCCGGUAAGGUGUGCACAUCCUGCUCCAGCUCGGAGUACAUGUCUCUGAUGAACAUGGCGGAGCAGUUGGCCAGCUCCCUCACCCCGAAUGUGGCCGCUGUGUGGAACAUGAGCAGGCAGUUCUCAGAGUUCACCGUAUUGAUCAAGUGCUCGGUGAGAACCGGCACCUGCAGGAAAGCCGUACACUCGAUGGCUUCCACGAUCUGGUCGGCGCUCAGCAGGGGGCGCUCCCCGCUCAGGACCCUCAGCAUGAGCAGGAAGCCUGGAGCGCCCACCCCCUGCAGCUGGAUGUGCUCCUGCUGGCACUCUCUCAUGCCGGACUGGAACAAGGCUCUGAAGUACUCACACUUCUCAGCCAGAAGAAGUUUAUCCACAAUGAAGGAGCUGUCACAAACACUGACCCUCAGACAGUGGGCUGGACAGCUGCUGGACUCCAUCUCCUCCCUGCUGUGGGUCUUCAUCACAUCCCAGCUGAACCACACACUCACUACAAGAAGGCUCUCAGCCAGAUGAAAACCCUGCCUGUGGGUGGUGUUUCUGCUUGGACUGCCAGUGAGGCUGAGCAGCUCCGAUCCAGCACAGUGAGCUGACAGGCGGCUCUGAACAGACUAUACAUAGCACACCUCAAGUACAUAAUGAUGACACGCUGCCAGAGGAGAAAGAGGAGCAGGGAGCUGUGAAUGUGUGAUGAGUCAUAUUGCUCUUUGUAUGUGGGACAGCUGCACAUUUGUCCUUGAGCAGCAGGAAGAGUUACAGCGUAACAAUAGGCUGUUCUCUGGCUCACAUAGGUAGCAUGCCACUCUUUCACUGAGCACAUAAGUGCAGAACACGCAGGAGCGUACUCCUAAAGUAACUUUCCACUUUGGCCCUGCAACCUUUACUGGAGUACCAGUGAGCUUAAAGCAGAAUACAGAGAGAAAACGCAUGAGAAAACUAUACAUCAUGUCCUCGCUGUAUAGUACACUGCUGCUAAUACUACCAUGGCUAAACAAUGGGACAAUAGAUUUCAUUCCAAAUACUCGAUUUCCAUUAUUUAUACCAACUUAAUAUCUGUGUUAACAACAUGUCCAUAAAUGUUAAGUUAAAAAUGAAACAGUGCCCUCUAGUGGACACAUUUGGAAAUAGAUACACUGUUUCUAAAUAAUAGUAAACUACAAACAUGUGUUACACAUCAAUUCACAUUUAAAACUGUUAUGUCUAUGAUAUGGUUCAUGUUAUUGUGCAGCAGGUGGAGCUCAUAGGGAGGAUGCUGGACUGACUUGGAUCAGGGGAACACAAAGAAAGGGAACCUCAUGAUGCCUCAUAUUUGCUGGAUGUAGAAACCACUGAUGUGCUUCCAUUUCCUGUCACGUUCCUAAGGUCCACCUUUUCUAAUUCAGUGUGUAGUAACGUGGGCUCUGUUGUUUCACAGGAAAGAGAAUCUCAUCAUGCUGUUUCUCAAGUUGUCUGUCUUAUCUCUGAAAUUCAUCAUCUGUAAACAUCCAUGUAUCUAUUAGAGGUUACAGAGUUGUUUGUGACUGCCUGAGUCUCACAAUAAGGUGAGGUCAUUUUUUAUACCAGCACAAUCAUUUCCACUGUUAAACAAUAGAGCACAACAGGACAUAAUUUAAGUAGUUUAUUCAAAUUAUUUCAUUCAGCACAAAUAGGCAAAAUAUUUUUGGGGGGGUUUAAAUGUGGUCAUUUGAUUCAAUUAUUUUUAAUAAAGUUACAAUAGAUAAUAUCGGUUCAAAUAUAUUACAUGUCGAUGAUCACUCUAACUUACCUGCCAUUAAAUAUGCUUCUCUAGAGAUACACAUGAUUAGACUCCUAUAUUUCCACUUUGUUCAGUCAAGAGGAGUAUCCAAACAUCAACCCAAAAUAUAACUUAAUUAAAAUAUAUUUUUUUACAACCAUUGGCUCCAAAAACGAGUUGUAUCAAAGGAAGGAAAAAACAUGGGUAUAGGGGUUUAUCAAAUUUAAGGAGCCUUAGUUCCUCUACUUC